UCAUGACGUCAAAUGCCUCUCUUCUCUGGGAAGAUGUUAUGAAAACCGCGCAAGCACGAAGAUGUAGUUUACAAAAUCCUUGAUAUUUAUGUCAAAUUUUUCAGCUGUGGGUGACGGCCCCAUGAGUCAAGUUCAGGCUCUUCUCUGGCUUCUAUGUGUCCUGUACCUGGUCUUGGCCAGUUCUGGUUCUGGUCCUGAGCCUGAUGGAAGUAAUGUCACACUGAGCCAUGAGUACUGUGUGCUGGGAGCUGGACCUGCAGGGCUCCAGAUGGGCUAUUUCCUCUCCAGAAGACAGAGAGAUUAUAUCAUUCUGGAGCGAAACUCUGGACCGGGCAGCUUCUUCAACAAAUAUCCUCGCCACAGAAAACUCAUCAGCAUUAACAAAAUUUACACCGGGAGGCGGAACAGGGAAUUUAAUCUGCGCCAUGAUUGGAACUCUCUGUUGAGUGACAGGCCCAAUCUCCUGUUUCAGCGAAUAAGCAGAGAGCUUUACCCCCAUGCUGAUGACUUCCCACGCUAUCUCUCACUGUUUGAAGAAGAACUGGGACUGAAAGUUAAAUAUGGAGUUGAUAUCGGGAGAAUUAAAGCAUUUGAUUUUAAAGGACACCAAAGUUAUAGCCUGACCGAUCAGAAUGGCAUCCGUUAUCAGUGCCGUGUCCUGCUGGUCUCUACAGGGCUUUGGGUUCCUCAGCAGGUGGAUUUUAUUGGCUCUGACCUGGUGGAAGGUUAUGAGAGUAUUCCCACCGAUCCCGAAGAGUUUAAAGGCCAAGCUGUGUUAAUCCUCGGUAAGGGAAACUCGGCGUUUGAGACGGCACAGAGCAUCUUGGGUAGAGCAAGCCGGAUACACUUGUACAGUCCCAGUCCUGUUAGAUUGGCAUGGCAAACGCACUAUGUUGGAGACCUCAGGGCAGUGAAUAAUGAGUUAUUAGACACAUACCAGUUAAAAUCUCUGGAUGGCCUAGUGGAGGGAAGACUGGAUGAGAUUGCCAUUGUCCGUGGAGGAAAACGAAGGACGGGAAAGAAAGCAAAUGGGAAAUCUGUGAAGGGAAAAGAACAGCUGUAUUUAACUCUGUCUCAACUUCUUGACAAUCAUAAUGGCAACACUAGUUCAAAAGUCACAGCCCAAAAUCUACCUGGUUACCACACUGAUAACUUUUCUCUCAGACAGCCGUAUGACAGAGUGAUCCGAUGCCUGGGAUUCAAAUUUAACUUCUCCAUUUUUGACGGAUCUGCCCGUCCUCCUCAAAGUAGUGGUGCCCGGGGCCGAUUGCCAGGGCUUACAGCCUGGUACGAAGGCAGAGGAACGCCUAACUUGUUUGUGCUCGGCACGGCGGCGCACUCCAGAGAUUAUCGUUUGUCAGCUGGAGGCUUUAUUCAUGGCUUUCGCUACACAGUACGUGCUGUUCAUAAAGUCUUGGAGCAACGUUACCAUAACAUUGCUUGGCCUGCUACAAACCUACCCAUCAGUCAGCUUCAAACAUGGAUUCUUAGACGGGUGAAUGAAGCUUCAGGGCCGUACCAGAUGUUUCAGGUUUUGGGAGACAUCAUUCUAUUGCGAGGGUCUCACUGUGAAUAUCUAGAGGAGUUUCCUUUACAAGCCCUGUCCCAGCUGUCUGCUUUAUCUGGGCGGCAUGUCUCAGGACAUGGGCUCCUGGUCUUGGUCAUGCAGUAUGGACUGAACCACACUGAUACGCUGGGACCAGGUCGGGCUGAGUCAGAAUGGACCAAAGCCUGGAGGUCCAACUUUCUCCACCCAGUACUGUAUUACUACAAAACACUACCUACAGAGAAAGAUAUGAGACAGCGUCCAGUCGGUUGGCCCCUCCCACGACCCGAGGCAUUGCAUCACAUGGUCGAGGACUUUCUUACAGAGUGGGAUCAGCCCAUAUCACACAGCCAACCCCUCAGACGCUUCCUCGAGCACUGCCUACAAACUGACCUCAGGCCAUUUUAUGCUGAAUCCUGUUUCCUCAUGUCUCUCACAAGUCAUAACCCACCCGUCUUCUGUCGUCAAGGUUAUUUAAGAAAGCAGGGCAUUAUAGGUAACAGUCACUUAUGGCAACAUGCCCGCGAGGCAGGACUUAUGCCAAAUCAUCGGGGAGAUGUUUUACAUGACGAUGACACAUCCGUUCCGGAAUACCUAACACGUGCUGGCGCUGCUGUCAUCUCAAGGGUUAACUUUGACCUUUGAGGGCAUCAAACCAAAGAUUAAAUCAGGGGCAUGUUCAAUCUCACACCGGUGCGCAACGUUUUGCUACGGUUUCCGGGUUGAACGACAUGUUUCCUGGAAACGGUGUGCAACGGAAUGCAACAGGUUUAAGAAGCGUUUUCUCUUGUUUGGUGGGUGUGUCAGAAAUGUCAGCCCAAUCAGCGGCAAGAUGUAUAAAACCACGCGAUAGUAAAGAGACAGCUCUCUCAAUGGGUUCAAGUUGGAAUGUUGUCUUUCAUUUUGGACAGCAAGGUCAGUGAUUGUAACAUCGAGGGUAUUUUACAGUAUUAAACACACAUUUAUAACGAUUUCAUCAGGCUUUAGAAACAUUUAAAAAAGAACACAAAGAAUGGCCUCUCAGCUACCGUAGUUGCAACUCUUGCGUCAUCACAACAGGGUGUUCAAUGCAUCACCGUUUCAGUUUAAUAAACGUUGUGCAACGUUUUGUCGGGGCUGAACGCAGCCCAGAUGUGCUUGUGAAAUUUUGUUCAGUCUACCUCCCCGUUUUCAUGGAAACUUUUGUAAACGGCAUUUUAGCAUGUUGAGAUUAUGAUCUUACAUAUCUGGUUAAACUAAUCAAUAAGUAUUACCAAACUAUAGUUUUUAUAAGCCAAAGUAUAGCUUUGCAUAUUGUUUUAUGGUAUUGACUUGAUGCAUUAUUUAUUUUUUAUAUUAUUGACAAAGGUAUUUUACAGAGAUAUUUUCAUGGGAAUACUUAACUGUGUUAUAGGUACAUGUAUUUAAAUGAUAAAGACAUUCUAUCUUUGAGUAACGUGUUUUGGGAUCCUAGUCAAAGUAAAUCACUAUACAAAUAAAUAGUUUGCUUAUAUAUGUGAAAUGUAACUUGUAUUUACAUACAAAAAUGAGUUUAAAUAUUAACUUUGAAUAACUAGAAUACCAGUUCAGAAUAGUAGACCUGAACAUUGCUGCUGCUAGUACAAAUUAUAUUAAAUGUUGCAUUGUAGCGUACAUCCAUACAAGAUUAAAGAGUUUAUGGGGAAUUCAGAAAUGUAUUAUUGUAGUACUUUUAUUUUUUAUUAUUAAAAAUCAACUUAAUAUUUGAAAGAUUAUGUGAAAGGUGAUAAAAAAGUAUCUAAAUUCAAUAAUGUUGAUCUUGGGUAUAAAGUGUGCACAUUUUUGCUUAUGAAUAUGAACUUUAUCGAAUAAAAUAAACGUUAAAAUAAUAUCA